AUGGACAGAGGGUUAGAAAAGUUAUUAAAUCAAAUAAAUGAUUUAGAGUCAAAAAAUCGCUUAAUUAAUAUUCACAUUGAAGAAUUAAAAACCACUGAAAGCGAAUUGCAAAAAAAAGAAAAGGAAUUAAUAUCAGAAAUAGAAUAUAUCUGUAAGCAAUUAAAAUGUAUGGAAAAAGAAGAAAUAGAAUUGAAUAAUGAUAUAUCCCGAGUUAACUUAAUAUGUAAAAAUGUUGAGGCAACAUUACAUAAUGAAUUUGUAAAAGUUGAAAUAUCAGCUCAGAAGAUAAAUCAAGUAGAAGAAUAUUAUGAAGAAAAUGAUAAAAAAAUUAAUGAGGAACUAAUGAAAAGUGAUGCUAAAAUAAAAAAAUGUUUGCUUAAUUUAAAUGAUACCAAUGAUGACUUUAACAAACUUAAAGAAAUAAAAAAUGACCAUUUUCUCUUAAAUCAUAUUUCAUUAGAAGAGUUAUAUGAAAUUUAUGAGGAAACUAAAGAAAAAUAUCAAAAUAGUUCUUUUAAAAAUCAGUGUGAUCAAAUUGUUAUCGUUGACUAUAAAACAUAUACUUACUUUUGUAACCCUACGCACUUAUUACAUAUGAUAAAUAUUCUUAUUGAAAAAAUAAAACAGAGUAACAAUGAUCCACAUUUUAAUCUUACUAGUAUGGGUAAUUAUUGUGGAUUGAAAGAACAGAAAACAAGUGAACAAAUAGAAAAUUUUGGUUUAUCUGAAUUAAAUAAAAUAAUGAUAAGCCAUUAUAAAUCAAAAAAAAUUAAUGUAAAUAGUGUAUAA